GCGCCCAGCUCCGGCGAGGCUGGCUCCGGCGCGGGGCUGGGCAGGGCGGGGGCCGGGCGGGCUCCUCCGCCUGUGCCCGGGCCGCCCCUGGGCCGCGGGGAAGCGGCAGCGAGGGGAGCGCGGCGCCUCCCUCCCGCUGAUGCCCCUCGGCGGCUGCUCGGCAGCGCGGCGGCCGCGGCUCCGGGAGGAUGCGGCUCUUCCUCCUCGCGGCAACUUUCUGCGGAUUCUGCCUGGCUCCAGGUUUGAGUUUGCAAAUCCAGUGCUACCAGUGUGAGGAGUUCCAGCUCAACAAUGACUGCUCUGGUCCAGAGUUCAUCGUGAACUGUACGGUGAAUGUUCAAAAUACGUGUCAGAAAGAAGUCAUGGAAAAAAGUUUUGGAAUCAUGUAUCGCAAAUCCUGCGCCUCUUCGGCAGCGUGUCUGAUAGCCUCUGCUGGGUACCAGUCCUUUUGUUCUCCGGGGAAAGUGAACUCUGUUUGUAUCAGCUGCUGCAACACUCCGCUCUGCAAUGGACCUCGGCCGAAGAAGAGGGGGAAUUCUGGCACGGUCCCGAGGGCACACGUGAUAACCACUGUUCUGCUUCUUAAGUUGGCUCUUUUGAUUUUGUAUUGCUAA